UUCAUUGAACAUUGAACUGAGUAGAGCCACUCACCGGCCACUCACGUCUACACAGUUGGAUCCAAAGGAAAUCACCCUGCACAGGUCUAAUCUUCGAAAUUGAAUUCAGCGUAAGGUGAAAUGGUAAAAAUGGGCCAUUCAAUUAGUUGGAUGAAUAUUGUUGUACUUUCUCUUCCAGCUGGUAAAGCUGCUUGUGCCUGCGUGGGAACGUCUAAAACGUUCACAUCUAUGAAAGAUACAUUUGUCUUGGCCAAUCCGGAGAAGGGAUUCUACCACGGAUACGAGAUAUUUUUUUCGAACUAUCAGGCGAUAAGCCUGUCUACUUUGCAGCAAUGGAGAACUAGCGAGAAUGUGACCCUCGUUCACAUCAAUUACGUCCUAGACAAUUUUGUCACUAGCAACAUCAGUUCAACGAUUUUGAGCAAACUGACGGUCGAUUUCCAAACGCUACGUUCUGCUGGCAUGAAAGCUAUCGUUCGCUUCAGCUACACUCUGACGGAGGGCAACAUGAACGAUGCGGCCCUUACGCAACUUCUCAAACACAUCGACCAGUUAAAACCAUAUUUGCAGGCCAAUAGCGAUGUCAUCGCUACCGUUCAAGCAGGAUUCAUUGGCACCUGGGGUGAAUGGUAUUACUCAAAUAAUUACGCUACCCCGAUGAGUGGCGGAGCAUGGUACGCGCCUACUGCUGCUCAACAGACGAGCCGAAACACGAUAUUGUCCGCACUAAUGAAAGCUGUUCCAACCAGCCGGAUGGUCCAACUUCGAACUCCAACUUAUAAGCAGAAAUUCUGUGGUACAGCCAAUCUGUCACCGUCUCAAGCAUUUAACUCAUCCAACAUGUGCGCAAGGAUCGGCAUACAUAACGAUUGCUUCAUGGCGUCUUCUCAAGACCAAGGGACAUUUGAAAGCGAUGCUCAGAGGACUUGGCUAACCAACGAGGGUAGUUACGUCAUCGUUGGAGGAGAAUCCUGUGAAUCAAACAGUCUAACGGGGUGCACCGGUGGCGUGAAUCAAAUCAACAAACAACGAUUUAGUUAUCUUAACGUCGAAUACCACCCCACGGUAAUUAACGGAUGGAAGACUGCCGGCUGUUAUAACCAGAUUGCCAAUUUAAUGGGUUAUCGUUUUGAAUUAAUCAACGGAACUUUUCCAUCUUCGGUGACGAGAGGCCAAACCUAUUGCGCCACAGUCAGCAUUAAAAACACGGGUGUAGCACCGAUUUACAAUCCUCGUCCUGUUCAAGUUAUUUUAAGAAACAAAGUGAACUUGGCGUUGACAACCUUCGCCCAGACUGCCGACCCUCGCAGCUGGUAUCCAGGUCUGUUGGUAUCCGUCGGCUUAUCAUUUACUGUUCCAUCUGCGCAAGCCGUGGGCUCGUAUGACGUCAUUUUGAAUCUCCCUGACGCUUCUUCUUCAAUAUCGAGUAACCCUAACUACCGCAUACUGUUCGCUAACGCAAACGGCGUUCAAGAAACGUCAACUCGUUUCAAUAUUCUUGGUCAGGUGACCGUGCAGUAGGCUAAUUUUAUUAAAUGACACUAUUUUAUUAAAUAUGCUGCUGCUGCUUUUGCAGUCUUGAAAGUAUAUAGUAUAGAACCAUAUAGCUAAAAUAACGCAAUUCUUACGCAAGCGUCCAAGCAUCAAUGUGGGAAAUUAAACUGCGUAAUAUGUGGAAUGGGUGAUGAUAUGAAAUAAUAAUGGAAUAUACUAUAA